AUGUCUGCCGGGAUUAACGUUCCCGAGGAACAGCCUUUGCUGUCCAACUCGAAGCCGCCAAGCUAUCAUGAUAACCCCACAAGUCGCACUCAGGAUGAGGAGGCACUGAUAGUAGACGAGACCAGUGACUCCCCGAAAGAGCCAUGGUCCACGAGGCAAAUAACUGUCUAUAGCAUUCUGACAUUGCUUGGAUUGUUUAUAUUGGCCAUAUUCAUCAAAGGCUUCAUUGAAGCGGAUGAUACGAAGUUUGACCUUGGAAAAGCGUUCAAGAGUGCGCUAGGAGGGGGGUUAAGUGGGGCUGCGGCUAUGGUGUUGCAGGUCUUGGCGCUCAUGCCUCUGCGCACAAUCAUGAAUUACCAAUACCGAUACGGCACAACGACAACGCAGGCUACCAAGAUUUUAUACGCUGAUGGCGGCUGGACGCGGUAUUACCAAGGCCUCACCGCAGCUCUGGUUCAAGGGCCAGUGUCCCGCUUUGGCGACACCGCUGCCAAUGCAGGCAUUCUCGCCCUCCUUCAAAGUAAUUCAUAUAUGAAAACCUUGCCCACGCUUGCAAAGACAUUAUUCCGCAAGUUUGACACGAUCAAGACGACCAUGCAGACGCAGGGUAAGGAAGGCAUGGCAUUACUGAGAGCUAGGGUCAAGAAAUAUGGCAUUGGCAGCCUAUGGUAUGGUGCUCUCGCGACCGCAGCUGCCACAUUCGUCGGUCACUACCCAUGGUUCGGGACGUACAACUAUCUCAAUGCGGUCCUCCCACUUCCAGCGACUAUACUGCAGAAACUCCUUCGUUCCGCUGUAAUCGGCUUUGCAGCUUCCAUCGCCUCUGACACCAUUUCUAACUCUCUUCGCGUGCUGAAGACCUACCGACAAGUCAAUGCUACCCGAAUUGGAUAUGCCGAUGCCGCCCGCGCUGUCAUCGCAGCAGAUGGCCUCAAGGGUCUGUUUGGGCGGGGACUCAAAACCCGUAUCUUGGCGAACGGCCUCCAGGGAAUCAUGUUUUCAAUACUGUGGAAGUUAUUUUUGGAUUUGUGGGAAGACAAGACGAAUUAGAUAAGUUCUGGAGUAAUGCAUAUGCAUA